AUGGAAGGCAUGAACAAAUUACAAUAUAAUGAGAAGGGAUUGCCACCAUGCUGCCCUAAAAGGACUGCCAGUAAAAGUUCUCCCUUUUCUGUGAUGGCUUCAACUCCUGGUUCAUUUCAAGUUUGGAAAAAACCCUACUUCAUGAACCAUGGUGGCAGUGGGGCCAGUAGCAGUGGUGGCACUAAGUCCUAUUUUUCACAUUUUGAUCCUAAAACUACUAUUUUACCAAUGGUAAAUGAUCUUAAUUACAAAAAAAGCCAGAACCCAUCUCCACCGUCUGAUAAGAAUCCGAUGCCUAGUGGUGAUAAUAUUAAUUCUGCCAAAAAAACUCAGCCAGGGAGUGCUGCCCUCACUCGCUUGUAUCGUAACAUUGACCCUAACAUGGACCCAAAGAGGCUUAGAAGGAUUAUUUCAAACCGGGUCUCUGCCCAGAAAUCUAGAUUGAGGAAGCUUCAGUACCUUACUGAUAUGGAAAGGAAGGUGAAAUUUUUAGAGGCUCAGAUAUGCGUGCUCAAUCCGCAGGUGGAAAUUUAUAAAAACCAUCAACGAAGGUUAGAAAUAGAGCAAGAGAGAUUGAAUCAAUGUAUGGCCACUUACAGAAACAACAACAUGCUCAGAGAUGUUGAAAUUGAAGAGAACAAAGCAGAAGUUACCAGACUGAGGCAACUUCACCUGACUCAACUGCAGGAGAGAAUGAAAGCACAAAAUAGGAUGCCCUUUUGGCAGUCUGCGGGGAUGAAUGAAAUGGCCAUGCCCGGCAUAAAUCGAUCUGGACUAGAAACGAUGUUUUUUAUAAACUCAAACCAAGGCCAAUAUGGAGAGAAUACAGAAGAAAUGAAUGGGGUGAAACAACUCAAAUUGAAGAAACUAGCAGCCGAAACAACAGGGGUUGACUGGCUUAACAUGAACCUGAUGCAACCGCAAAACUCUGGACAGAUGCUGAUGAUGCCUGGUUGGGAACUUGGACUGCCGGUGCAGAUGCCGAGUCAACCUCAGCCUCCACCGAAAGAGGAUAUCAACUUAAACUUGGGUGGAAUAGAGCAGAUCCAUAGCUUGAAUGUCGGCCAAAAUUUUUAA